UGUGUAUGUCUGUCUCCUUCUCCCCCUCCUCCUCCUCCUCCUCCCUCCAUUCACUCUCCGUGGAUCGUGCGGUCAGUGCCCCAGUCUCUUCUCUCUCUCUCUCCUCUCCCCCCCCCCCCCCUGGUGCCUCUCUCUCGGGAUCCGACUAGUGAUGUGUAACCUACAGAAUGCCCAGCAGCACCGGAAAAAGGUUUAAACCGACCAAGUACAUCCCAGUCUCCACUGCAGCUGCCUUAUUAGUGGGCUCCACCACUUUGUUUUUUGUUUUCACGUGUCCCUGGCUAACAAGAGAAAUCUCUCCAGCCAUCCCAGUGUACAAUGGGCUCGUGUUCCUGUUCGUCCUGGCAAAUUUCAGCAUGGCAACCUUUAUGGAUCCUGGUAUCUUCCCAAGAGCUGAUGAGGAUGAAGAUAAGGACGAUGACUUUCGAGCUCCCCUCUACAAGAAUGUGGAAAUCAAAAGAAUACAAGUACGGAUGAAGUGGUGCGCUACCUGUCACUUCUAUCGUCCACCUCGCUGUUCACAUUGCAGUGUCUGUGACAACUGUGUGGAGGAUUUUGACCAUCACUGCCCCUGGGUGAAUAACUGCAUAGGACGCAGAAACUACCGCUAUUUCUUUCUGUUCCUUAUAUCUCUUAGCACCCAUAUGGUCGGGGUGUUUUCGUUUGGCCUCAUAUUUGUCCUCCACCAUCUGGAGAUGUUGGGAGAGGCCCACACCAGUAUUACAAUAUCAGUCAUGUGUGUGACCGGACUGUUCUUCAUCCCUGUCAUUGGCCUCACCGGAUUCCAUAUAGUGCUGGUUGUUAGAGGCCGCACCACCAAUGAGCAGGUGACUGGGAAGUUCCGUGGAGGCGUCAAUCCUUUUACCAGAGGAUGCUGUGGGAACAUACAGCAUGUGCUAUGCAGUCCAUUGUCACCCAGGUAUGUGGUUGAACCAAAGAAAAGACCCCAAAUCACACUGAAACCUCCAUUCAUUCAUCAAGAUCUGUCAGAAAGGCAGAUAACGGUCAAGAUCAGCGACAAUGGCAUCCAAGCUAACUUGCACCGUUCCAAGUCCAAAGGUAGUCUAGAAGGCAUAAAUGAUAAGUCUCUGGAUAUACAGCCACCUCUACCUCCUAAAGGUGACCUCACCAUAUAUUCAGACCUGAAGGGACCUCUGGGAAACGGUGAAGGUAGAGACAGUGGAUUAUCACCAAAAAUGAUCAGCCCUCCGACUCCAGCCAUGUAUAAAUAUCGUCCAGGGUUUGGAGCAAACCCCAAAGUUCAUUACCAUCCAGCUACAGAACAGAUUUCUAUGCAAGAAAAUCUAAAGGACCGUGUUUUCUUGGAGGAAGAUUGCCGCACUCAUGAUUAUCAGUCGGAGCCCAACCUAGAUGUCCACGAUUAUCGUAAGAACUCCCUACAUAAGUCUUACCAGUCAUCCCCUCUGCAGAUAGACAGCUUCACUGCCAACACACGCUCGCUGAGCCUGAAGAAUACGGGGCGUCGGGAGUCUGUGAAGAUUCCACUCCAAAUGGUGAAAUCUGAGGGUGAUCCCAAUACUCCGUACAAGAGUGUAUUUUCCCCCAAUGCCCUGUCUAACCGCAAUGGGAGCUUAUCUUAUGACAGCUUACUCAACCCAAUGUCUCCAGCAUCUGCUAAAUGUACUGCUCACACUGCCACUGGUUCUGUGGGAUACCACUCACCAUAUAUGUCUGCCAAAAUGUGCCACCUACGAGGAGCAGAGCGCCAACCGGUGCAAAGUUUCAGCCCUGUACUGAGCAGGGCGUCUGGACAUCAGAGAGAACCUUCUCCUGUGCGCUAUGAUAACCUCUCCAAAUCCAUUAUGGCCUCUAUCCAGGAAAGAAAGGAGAUGGAGGAACGGGAGAAGUUGUUACAUUCUCACACAGAUUCUGUGUUUGCAGACUCAGGGGUCUAUGAUACUCCGAGCACAUACAGCCUACAGCAGGUCAGCUCACUCUCAGAGAAUCCACGUGCUGCUCCAGGACGGUAUGGUUCUAGGGACAAUCUGCUGACUGGGGCGGUCACUUUCAGUUCCAGAAAUCCUAUUCUUCAGUCCUCUGUAUCCUCUCUUUCCAGUACAGUCUCCAGAGCACCUAGGACUUCCACCACCUCUUUACAGGCCGACCUAGCCAAUAACAAUAUACAAAGUCACCAACCCUUACAAGGGCGAGUGAGCAAUGGGUCAUACAAGUCGCCUGGCCAUCAGGCUCCAUCAUCACCCUCUGGUAUACCUAGGUCUCCCUCUUAUGGAGGAGCAAAAUCUGUCACAUUUCUUAACACCAUGGAAUUUGCAGAAGGACCUUCCAUUACGGGUCAAAGGGAGGACCUAAAGAUGCCUCAUAGUAAGAUAAAUGGACAGCCAAAGGGAUUAUCAAGGCCUGAGUGUCGGCUGGGAUCCACGUCCAGCUCACAAAGCACCAACGCAGUGAGUCCUUCCAGGCAUUCUAGUGUUAAGAAGGUAACAGGAGUUGGAGGCACUACAUAUGAAAUAUCCGUGUAGCACUUGACAUGCCUGAAGGUGAUGAACUAAUAAUCUACAAGGCAUAUUUUCUGACCGUUCCGAAGACUUAAACGAAGGAGAGAAUUCUUAAACGGUCAAUGGGAGCUUUAAAUAUGACUGAUGAAGGACCUCGGAUUAUGAAAACAAUGGUUAUUAAAAAGAAGACUGGUCAUAUUCGGAGGAAAAAAAGAAAAAUUAAGCCAUUGUACGUGUGUCUGUCCAACAAACACAGAAGAAAUGUUUUAAACUUGUGAUGUGAGACGUGUGGGACAACUGUUUUCUUUUUUUUUAUUUCAAGUUAUUUUCAUUUUUUUUUUCUGAUUUUCAGAGUGAGAAUAACAUUCAUGAAAGAUUUCCUAAGAUCUAUGAAUCCAGACAAAAAAACUGCCCGAGUGUUCUGUUCAUUCUUCACAUAUUGACCAUGGUGAAAAUAACUGUGUGUAUGAAUGCAUGUGCUUGAAAAUCUGUUAUUUCAGGGGAUUAUGCAGUACAAUAUACUGUUUUGUUGUGGAAGGAUGACUCAAAAAGCAGCAGAAUAGUGUGCACUCAAUUUUCAUCCAUUUUGAAGCCUGUUGCGGUAGGGUGUGGAUGGCAUCAGUCUUGCUUUCUGGUUUUCUUCACCCUACAGCAUCCUGUGCUUGCAGUAACUGUAUAUCUUUAAGACCUCUAUAGGAAAAAAACAGGUGAUAAGAGUGGCAGGCUAACAGAACGAAGUGCUGCAUCAGUGCGUGGGACAGAAGGAUCAUUGUAAUGCAGCCACAGGUGAGAAUAAUUAUUACAUCACAGUGCUAAACCGCCAUUGGUAGUGCUUCCUUUAAAUGAUUCUAACCACAGGCACCUAUUGGCAGUAGCCAUUUUGAGGGUAAAUUAGUAAUCGGAUGGUAUCAUGUUACUACUUCCUGCAUUCAGAGGCUGACUGCUAAAUUAUCCCAUAAUACUGCUUUGUCUGUUUUUAUACAACCUGUCCACCCAAAAAAUAAAAGCUUUGGUAAAUGAUUAUUUACAGAUAGUUUAUAUGGUUUACCCAUGUCAUGUAUUGCCAGUAACGCGGGUUUCAUUUGUAUAUUUAAGUAUUAGAGCAAGAAAAUACAACACAAACAAUCUGUGAAACUGCAGUAUAUUUUUUUUAUCCAGGAGCAGUUUGUAACUUUUACAUUUUAUUUUAUAUAUGAACUCUUGCAAACAUGUUAUUUUGUGUGAGUGCGUGUAUGUGCAUAGUGUGUUUGUUUUUUUUUUUUUUGCUCCGUUGCCGUGGUACAUCAGUGUUAUAAUACAUGCAGAUGUUAUCCUGCCUUAACCAUUGCCUCUGAAACGAGGGGUAAAGCAACGUGGUGCUGUGCCACUCCUAAUUUUCGUAGUGGGAUGCUCCUCUACUUGCCAAUGUAGUGAAUCAAAUUCUUGAUAAGUCCGAGCAACACUCAAAGAUCGUUACCAAAUUGCUAUUUAUCAAGGAGAUUUACAGGAACAGUUGUUACUUCCAAGUAACAGAGGAUGAAGAAGUUGAAGUGCAAACAGAAGUAAAAAUAUGCUGAAACACAAUUUAGAGUCAAAGUACCAUUUGGAAAGAGAAGUCCUCCAUUUCCGAUCUAUAAAAAAAAAUCCUAAUAAACUAUUUAUGAACUAUGGCAUUGAGCAGAAAUCAUAUUUGUUAUAUUUACUCUUUUUUAAAAAAAAACAAAACAUUUUAAUGUAUGCCAUGUGUCCCUACCAACAUGGAUCUUAUAAAAUAUGUUCUUUUUUUAUUUAUUUUUAUUUUUAUUUUUUUCUAAAAGGUUAGGGCUUCAUCAGGGUAAUAUUACCCUUCCUUGCGCAAAUAAAUGGAGCUAUAGCACAUAGCCGCAAGUAAGCA